CCGGUCUUGGUGCCGAUGAGAACUAAGAUUGCACCUGAUGAGCCCAAAGACAAGAGUGUGCCAGAAGCAGAUCAAAUGGAACGUGGWAUCCUUGGAGACUUAAAUGAUGAAGGGACUCCUGAUAUUGAAGAGGUUAUGCCUGACUUCGAAGACGAAUUCAUAGAGGAAGAAGUAAUCGAUGAUGUUGAGGAAGAGGUCGUUGGUGAAGGCGGCGAAGAAGUGCCCAAAGCAAACGAGGAAACGGAGGAGAAGGAGGUUGCAGUUGAUGCUACUGGCGAUGAAAAAGUCUUGGAAACGGUGAACGAAACGAAYCAGAACGGUGACGAAGCGGAACAAGUCGCUCGUUCCAUGGAGGAAAGCAACGAUAAUACCGAAACUGCAGGCGAUGCUGCUCCUACUGCUGUGACUAGCCCCGAAGUUGCAGCUGCAGCCAGCCCUGACCCUGAGAGCNUCCUCUCCAUCUACGUAAGGGAAUGCCUUUGAAAAAGCUCCGAACCGGUAGAGUAAUCGAUCGUCGAUCGCUCCAAUCUCUCACCAACGAUUUG